CGGGCAGAAGUUAAAUGGUUUGCAACAGAAACUCGUAGUCUGUCAGUGAAAGUCAGUUAGUUGAGUAAGCUUCGCCAGUUCUGUGUCGUACGUAGGUUCGCGGUAUUGCGACUUUUCCCAAAUACAUCACGUCUAAGCCGACAACAACGACUCGAGUCCUACGGCUACGCACUAACAUUUACACCGUGUAUUCAAGAAGAUCAUCAAGAACGUACCCGUUCGACGUGAUCCCAUAAACUGCUAACAGUUCGUUAAAGUGUUACUAUCGAACUAUUAACAAAUUAUUGGGAGACUAGGAUAAAAUAUUGCGUGCAAAUAAUGACGGGCGUCAGGCAAAUUUUUCGUUGUGCUCGAAGACUAAGCCAGAUAUCGGAGAGCGGGACGAAAGUUGCAAACCAGUUCGCGAGACGCACUUCUACAUUGGCGCGACAGAAGAUCAUGGAGGAUGAAAAUGGAAAAAAGAUUUUCUUGUCGCCGUUCGGCGAGUUUACGCCGAACGAGAUGCUCGUUCAGGAAUACAUCUGGAGCAAUGCUACGAAAUUCGCUAACAAUAUUGCGCUGGAGUGCUCGGUGACCGGAAGAAAGUAUACGUACAGCGAAGCGAAGGACGCAACUAAUUAUAUCGGAAGAAGUUUGAUAAAUAUGGGUUUGAGAAAGGGCGACGUAGUGGCCUUGAUAUCGCCCAAUUAUCCGGAAGCGAUUUUAGGUACUAUCGGUAUCCUAGAGGCCGAUCUUAUUGUUACUACAGUGAAUCCUACCUAUACGUCUGAUGAAAUACAGAGGCAACUGAAGAUUGCGAACGCGAAGGCGGUCAUUACAGUGGCAGAAAUUGCACCGAUCGUACUCCAAGCUUCGAGAGAUAUCCUCGCAUCUGGAGGACACUUGGUGGUUAUCGAAGAUGGUAGCGGACCUAUUCCCGAUGGUACCGUGCCGUUUAAGGAUCUCAUUGCACGUGGCAAAACGUUACCGCCUAUAACCAGUUAUCAAACGUCACCAAACGAUUUGGCUGUUUUACCAUUCUCCAGUGGAACGACAGGCUUGCCAAAGGGAGUGAUGUUGACGCAUAAUAAUUUAGUCAGUAACAUGCAAAUGGUGGAACAGACGUGCAAAGAGAAAAUGUGGCAAACUACAACGGCCGACUUCCAAGAAGUAUUACCUUUAAUAUUACCUUUCUUCCAUAUUUUCGGGUUGAACGGCAUGGUGUUACCGCGUAUCGCCUCCGGUGCAAAAUUAAUUACUGUUCCAAAGUUCACGCCAGAACUAUUUGUUAGCGUUUUAAUGAAACACAAGGUGACAGGUCUUUACAUAGUCCCACCGAUACUUCUGUUCUUGAACUCUUGUACAUAUAUUAAGAAACACGUUUACGAAAGCAUGCAUCACUUUAUCAGUGGUGCGGCUCCAUUAUCACAAACGGACGUAGAAAAUUUCUAUCGAAGGUAUCAGUUAAACCCCGAUCAGUUGAAACUCUGUCAAGGAUAUGGAUUGACGGAAACCUCGCCAGUUGUUACCUUGGAUGUAGGUGAUUCGAAACCAGGAAGUGUCGGAAAAAACAUUGUUGGUUGCGAGGUACGAUUAGUCGAUCAAAGUACGAAAGAAGAUAUUUCUGAACAAGGUCAAGUCGGUGAAAUAUGGGUCAGGGGGCCUCAUGUUAUGAAAGGCUACCUAAACAAUGAAAGUGCCACGAACGACAUGAUCGUCGAGAAUGGCUGGCUGAAAACCGGGGACAUUGCUUACUAUGACGAAGAAUCCGAUUUCUUUAUCACGGAUAGAAUGAAGGAGUUAAUCAAAGUUAAAGGAUUUCAGGUACCACCAGCUGAAAUGGAAGCUAUACUAAGAUCGCAUCCAGACGUCGUGGAGGCAGCUGUGAUCGGUCUGCCGGACGAAAGGUGCGGUGAGGUACCAAAAGCUUUCGUAGUGACAAGGAAAGGGUCAAAAGUGACUGAGGAUGACAUUAAAGAUUUCAUUAAAAGCAAAGUGUCAGAAUACAAACAGCUGCGAGGAGGAGUUACCUUCAUAAAUGAGAUACCGAAGAAUGCGAGCGGUAAGAUCUUACGAUCGCAGUUGAGGAAUGAGUGCAUACAAUAAAAGGUUGCUUCUAAAAAAGACUGAGGAACCUCAUGCCAGGCCUUGCUGACAAUCAAUACCAUUAUGGGAUCAACUAUUAAUUAAGAACGGAAUACGGUGAAUUGUUCUUGCGAAGUUAAUUUUCGUGAUAAUAGUAAUCGUAUUGACUAUUAUGUCGUUAUGAGACUGAAAAAAAAAAAUGUUAAUUUUAAUUGGCUAAUAACCACGCGUGCAAUGGAUCUCUUGCGAGUGAAUACUUUCACGAUACUUAAUUUUUGUCGUUUAUUUACUUUCCUUUCUUGCAAUCUUAAGAGAGAGAGAGACGGAGGAGGAAAGGAAAUGAACUACGGUUUUACUUACUAGUAUAAGAAAAGAAGAAACGUUAUUGCGUAUGGGCAUGGUUGCAAAAGUGAUUCGAAAAAUCACGCAUUUUAUCUUUAAUGCCAUUUAAUAUAUUACCGUUUUUGUGGUGCUAUCUGUGACAAUGCAAUUAAUUCUACUGUGACUUAGAUAGUUUUUAGCGAUAUUUGAUUUUUAUGGUGAUUUAUACCAGAGAAUAACCGAUUAAUUAAGCAAUAAAAUAUUUUAUAGUUGA